CGGCACGGCAUAGCUUGCAUUUAAAAUGAGUAAAUUGCAGUGCCGCCUUCGUAUACCAGCCAGAGAAGUUAUUCCUGUUGCAUUAAACGGUCUACGUACGAGAUGAGCGGCGACGAUUUACUCGAAAUGUUUGACGAUUUCGCAGAGCGAUAUAUCGAAGAGGAGUUUCACAAUACUAUCGCGCUUGAUGACGAACGAGAAAAAUUACAGGCCGCGAUCGAAGUCUACGAAGCAGAAAAGAAGGAAUUAGACGCUGUUGCGGUCGAUGAUGAUGAUGUUAUUCAUAUGAAUGUUGGUGGACAAAAAUUCACCACAACAAGAUCGACUCUCUGCCAAAUAGAAGAUUCCUUACUCGCCUCAAUGUUUAGCGGUCGUUGGGAGAAUAGCGUGCUUCGUGACCAAGACGGCGCUGUCUUCUUUGAUUAUAAUCCCAAAUAUUUUGAUUUCAUUUUGGCUUAUCUUCGUGCAAAGACGAUGGCUACCCCGGAGAAUCCAGCCGCACUUCCAGAAGUUCCUGAUGAUCAAGUUAAGAAUUUCCGAAGCCUUGUCGGAUAUCUUGGCUUGACUGAGGAAUUUUUCCCCGUGAAAACUCUGCUGACAGAUCAAUUUAAUGAUCGGAGCCCUGAAAUUACUCUUGAAGGAAACGGAAAAGUCGCAGUGCAUGAUUCGAGCUUCGCAUAUAAAUAUGUCGUAGGUAGUAAGACUUACCAACAGGGAGUUGUGAGUUUCAAGUUGAAUUUAGAGUCCUUUAAGGAUAACCAUUGGUUCAUGAUUGGUAUACUGAAUGGUAAUGUCGAUGUAACACAGUCAGUGAAUACGGAGUCAUUUAAGUUGGAAGGUUGUUAUGCAUGGGCACUCGGUUGCGGUGGUCAAAUGUAUAAAGGCGGAACAUUUGCAUAUGACAAUUCGUUAAAAAAUCUGUCUAAAGAAGGCGAUCAGGUUGAGCUGGUCUUAAAUUGCAAUGCAAGCAAACUGUCACUGCACUUACCCAGUGGUGAUCAGUUUCACAUGGACAUACCAACGUCCCAAAACUGGAGACUUCAUGUUAAUUUGUUAGGUGCUAACGACAAAAUCCGCAUCGUCGAAGUUGCGAAAAUUUGAAGAAUACUUGUAUGAUCAUAUAAAAGACAUUGUACUUUAGCCACAUUAUUACAGUCAAGCCAUACAUAAAACAUAUAAGCAACUUAGUUUUUUGUUUGUUAAUUCGUAAUAACAUGAAUUGCCAAAUAUAUAUAACUAGGAUUUACGUCAUAUAAUUUGAAUCUAUUAUUUUACUCUCAUAUUUAGAAAGUAAUUGUAUCAAUUGAAUCCAAUAUUUUCUUCGUCUACAGUGUGAUUAUAUUUACAAAAAUUGA